UUGCAGUCCACAGCAAACAUUCCGUCAACAUCCGCUCUGCCGGUAACGUCUACGCUACCAUCUACUCCUUCACGCAAACGUGUUUUCCCAUUACCAUCCUCAAAUCACACGGAAAAUCAGCCAUCGAUUAAUCUUGAUACACCCAGAAAACAAAAGUUACGUCGAAUAAUCGAGACAAAUAAGGGUGUAAUUACAAGCCAGCGUUUGAUGAUUAAGAGAUUGCAAUCUAAAACACGGCGAUAUAAGAAAAUAAAUCUAGAACUAAAACACAUGCUAAAGAAUUUAGAGAACAAGCGCCUAAUAACUGGAGAUCAGGCUAUGUCUUUAGAAAACAUGAAUUUGACCACACAAGAUUUGAUUGGCAGAUAUAACCUAACAUUAUAA